CUCUUAUAGGUGUUUGGGUGAGCCUGAGAGAAGAGGAAGAAGCAGAGAGGAGAGAAAUAGAGAUAAAUUAACGUCUCUCUCCCGCAAAUACGUUAAACAGACGGAAAGAAGGAGAUAAAACGAACAAAAGAACACUGCUAAAGGAAUAUAAACCCUCAAAACACCUAAAAAAAGAUAUAUAACGUGAUUUAACCCGCACAGAAGAAGAGGAAGAGGAGGAGCAGACCCAGGGAGGAGGUGUAGCAGGGUCUCUGGUCUUACUUUGAGGAGGUUGGUCUGAGAGGGAGUGAAGAUGCUGGCCCUCAUCAACAGGAUAUUAGACUGGUUCAAGAGUCUCUUCUGGAAGGAGGAGAUGGAGCUGACCUUAGUGGGCUUACAAUACUCCGGGAAGACGACCUUUGUUAACGUCAUAGCGUCUGGCCAGUUCAGCGAGGACAUGAUUCCGACCGUCGGCUUCAACAUGCGCAAGAUAACAAAGGGCAACGUCACCAUCAAGGUUUGGGACAUUGGCGGGCAGCCUCGCUUCAGGUCCAUGUGGGAACGCUACUGUCGCGGCGUCAAUGCUAUAGUGUAUAUGGUCGACGCAGCGGACCCAGAGAAGAUAGAGGCAUCGCGCAAUGAGCUACACAACCUCCUGGACAAACCACAGCUGGCCGGCAUCCCCGUUCUGGUGCUGGGGAACAAGCGAGACCUGCCCAACGCUCUCGACGAAAAGGGACUCAUUGAGAGGAUGAACCUCUCGGCCAUCCAGGACCGAGAGAUUUGCUGCUACUCCAUAUCCUGCAAAGAGAAGGACAACAUAGACAUCACCCUCCAAUGGCUCAUCUCCCACUCCAAGUCUGGCGGCCGCUAGACGAGAAGACGGAGAGAAGAGCGGACGCCAGAGGAAGAGGAGCAGGAUGAGGAAGAUUAGAAGAGGGAAGAGGAAGAAGGGGACAGAACAGCCACCAGAAAACAAGGAAAAGAAAGGUUAUAGAGUAGUUUAGGGAGAAAGAGAGAUUUAGUAGUUUAGGGAGAAGUAGAGAGAGAGAGAGAGAGAGAGAGAGAGAGAGAGAGAGAGAGAGAGAGAGAGAGAGAGAAGGAGAUUGAGUAGAUUAGAGAGAAGGAGAGAGAAAGAGAUUUAGUAGUUUAUGGAGAGGCAAAGAGAUAAAACAAAGAUACAAGAUUUCGUAGUGUUAGUAAGCAGUAGUAAUUGCAGCAUAAACAAAAGAAACAGGUCAUGAAAUAUAUAGAUGGAACGAAAGGUAGUAUAGAGAAUUAAAAUCUUCGGUAAAUUGUUUUCGUUGAUGUUGGUGGAAGAAAUGGAUGUGACGGAAAGAGAGAGAGAGAGAGAAAUUGACAUACGGAAUUUAUCAACCGUAGUGAAUUGAUUUGUUAUUCGUGAUGGAAAUAAUGGAAGAAAAAAAGGAGAUAGAAAGUUAUAUAGAGAGAUAAUUAGGAGGUGUGGGAAAAGAAAGAGAAGGGAUAGAUUAAGAUGAUGUGCAAGAGAGAGAUUGAAGAAGUUAGAGAGAAAGAGAUUAACAUGCUGUGGAGAAAAGAAAGAGACAGGAAGAUAGAGAAAUAAAAGCCAUUAAGAAAGAAAUGAUAGAAAGUUAGAGAAAAAUGAAGAUGAUGUGGAAAAGAAAAAUGAUCCAAAAUUAAAAAAAAAAAAUUACAUGAACCAAAAAAAUACAAAUACAAAGGCAAAAGAAAAAUCAACACGGUACAAAAAAUUACAGAAG